CUGGUCCCAGUCCCCGAUGGUGGUGGCCGCCGGUGGUGGUAGUAGUAGUAGUAGCUCUCGGUAAGAGCACACACCGUACCACCUCCCAUUUCGUCCUCGUCGUGCUGGCACACGGCAGUUAGCUAUACUUUCGUACGCCUCGCCGUCGUCCCCGUGGUUCAGUCGGUCGGCCGCAACACACCGCUCAAUCAGCCGAUCAGCUGUUCUCCUCUUGGCGCACCGGCUCGCCUCGAUCUCCUGCGAACCGCCAUCGAUCCCAUCACGCCGAUCGACCCGUUUUCGUACCGUCGCUCGAGAGGAGAGAACCGUCUUCUUCGAGCCGGCGACGCUGACGCGUCCAUGCGACCCUCUCGCCGCGGACUGAUGCGCGAACGAUCCACGACUAUGUUCGAAUCCACGCGUGUACGCUCGCUCGUCGCGCGCGCGACGGGCAACGAAUCGUCGGGACGUCCUUCCUCCGACACUCCCGACGCUUGGUAAAUCCACCCGUUUAACCCUCGAUUUAUUUAUUCUCGGAGAAAAUGAGUUUUUACAGUCCCUCUUCCUCGUCCUCCGAUCCGUUCGAUCUCCGAGUUUGAAGGAUCCUCGGGUAAUGAAGGGAUUUCGAGCAUCUCGAUUCCUGUCGAAUCCUUUAUAGUUUGCUAGGAUCGAGCCUCCUCGAUCGCGUGUUCCCGCGGUUCAAGGAGACCCCGAAGUGAUCGAUCAAAGUGUACAAGUGCGUUGAUCCGUGAGAAACGGUCCGGGAAUAUUCGAUAAGUGGUGCUACACGAUUGACACCCUGACCGUGCGUGUGUGAUGUGCGGGUAAAUAUAGUGUUUCGAAGUGGUGGACGGUGACUGGGACGGAUUUAGCUACGGAACCGGCAAACUGGAGAUCCUAGGGAUGUUUCCGCCGCGCACGGAAGCGCCGACACCGGACAAGCUGGCGCUCUGUUACGCGCCCCACGUUGACAUGACCACGGUCAUCGAGGUCGAGGACCGUUUAACUGGUCACGGAGGUAUUUCCUCGCUGGGCGGUGGAAAUUCCUCGCCGUAUUCCGGCGCCCAUCACCACGGUCACAGAGGCAAUGGGAACGGCAGCGGGAUGCCCCAUCACGGGGGUGCUUCCUUGCCCACCGCCUCGGACUUUCAACCCCCUUACUUUCCACCCCCGUUCCCCUCGCACCACCACGCGCCAGCGAGUCCUCAGCAUCCGGGCCUCGGCCAGCCACAACAUCUCGACUACCUCGUCGGCGAUCCUUACACGCAGACGCUCAACACGUUGCAUCAACAUCACUACAACCACCUGAGCGCCGCCGUUACGGCUGGCCAGAGGAGCGGGGACCUCAGAAGGGAUGCCGAGGGUAUACACGUGACGAAUAUGCAUGCGUCGUUUCCGUACGACGGUGGGCGCAGUAGUGGCGGCGGUGGCGGCGGUGGUGGCGGCGGGGGCGGUGGCGGAAGGGGCGUCGAAUAUGGCGCCGUUCGCCGUCCCGACGCCCUCCUUCCACCCCCAGGCCUCGACCAGACCGACCUCGUUCUCCACAGCAGCCUCGUAGACGACCCCCAGGUGAGCGACGAUAACACAAACGUGGACGAUGGAGGGUUCAUGAACGACUUGCCUCUUCUCAAAAACAUGAAACCAUCGGACAGGAGCGAGAAGGCGAUGCUGAGUGGGAAUGCGCAACCUUCGGACGUGUUCUGUUCGGUUCCAGGACGAUUAUCGUUACUAAGCAGCACCAGCAAGUACAAAGUUACGGUAGCCGAGGUACAAAGACGACUAUCGCCACCGGAAUGCUUGAACGCGAGUCUCCUCGGCGGAGUCUUACGAAGGGCGAAGUCUAAAAAUGGCGGACGUCUGCUUAGGGAAAAAUUGGAAAAAAUUGGGUUAAAUUUGCCAGCCGGUAGAAGGAAGGCCGCCAAUGUCACGCUUUUAACAUCGCUGGUGGAAGGAGAAGCCAUUCACCUUGCCAGAGACUUCGGCUACGUUUGCGAAACCGAAUUCCCUGCGAAACAAGUUGCCGAAUACCUCAGUCGGCAGCAUUGUGAACCGCAAGAUUCCUACAGGAGAAAAGAACUUCUUCAUGCCACCAAACAAAUCACCAAAGAGCUGAUGGAUCUUCUGAAUCAAGACAGAUCGCCACUUUGCAACACACGGCCGCAACAUAUCCUCGAUCCAAGCAUACAGAGACACCUAACACAUUUCUCUCUCAUAUCGCACGGAUUCGGAAGUCCUGCGAUCGUAGCCGCUCUUACAGCAAUACAGAAGUUCCUAAGCGAGUCCCUGAAUCACCUUGAAAAGAUGUACCCAGGCAACGGGAGCGGCGUGACAAGUAGUCAGCAGUCGAGCCUCGACACGAACAAGAGCAAGGACGGUACGUUGAUGAACGACAUGAAGAAGUGACGCCCAGAGGACCCGCCUACCUCGAACGUGGUCACUUCAAUCAGGCACUCUUGGCCGUACAACUGAGCUUUUCGCGGUCCUUUCGCGAACAGCUUCUGGUGGACCACAGGAAAACGACACGUAUGUCCGCGAUACCACGAGCGUUUGUAUAAUAAUAGAGGAGCGCACUCAUCGACAGGGAUAAAGGUGCGACAGCAGCGUCGCGGAUGUCCGUGUUCGCCGAGGUUGGCUGGUCGACGAGCGUUUUUAGGUAAAUCAAUGAAACGAAGCCGCGUGAAGAUGUGCAAUCGCCGUCGGUCGUCGAUGGGAUCGUCAGAGAGUCGUCGAAGGACCUCGACGAAGGACCAUCGCCGGGGCAGUGGGGGAUACGGGACGGCUUUGAUUUCCCCUUUGUUCAGCGAAGCGAGUCAGGCCGCGUCAUCGAGGACGCUUCGAUGAUCCUGUACUGUUUCGAUGAACGUGUGUACUCGUGUUAACAAAAUAGGAAUAACUUUUGUUCUUUCACUGCCUGUUCGUUUGAAACGCAUCCGUGCUGAUUACGAAGGAACGUAUCGAUCGAUUCGACGGGAUCGUCGCGACAGUUACGGAAUAGGGCUGCGAACCGUUCUAUGAAUUUGUCUGCAUUCGAAUGUAUUCGGUGGUUCGAACGUCCCCGCGAAAAGUAUUCGACUUUGUAUUUUUGAGAAGAUUCUGAAGACCCUUUCAGCAAAAAUUUACACCUUCGUGGCUGUAUUUAGAUAUGUUAAGUAUGUUUUCUCAGAGUACUGAAAUUCGUAAGAAGAAAACGCAUAAUAGAGUAUGAAGGGGUUGAUAAGCAUAUCCUGAGUUUUGCCACAGAAACGAUACUCGAAUGCUUAUAAAAUAUUCUAACGUUAAAUGACGCGAGUAGUCACCAGCCCUAAUUCGCAGUCGUCGAAGAAACUAUAGAGUUCGAAGCUUUAUCGCGUCUUCCCUCCCUUAGGUUCUCGUGCAUGCUCGCGAAAUGCGUGUUCGAUCAGAGACUAUAUCCGUGCGUGUACGAUUGUUUGUGAUAGGAUUAGUGAUAGUCGAAACGUUUGUGCAAUUGUUACGGUUAAUGUUUGCAAUUAUAGCCCUGUGUUCCAAACCGCAGUACAGUAACAGGUCACGGUUAAAUCGAGAACGUUAGAAUCGGUUCGUUCGAAGGUAAACAAAAAAAAAAAUGCAAAGUUCCAAAAUUCUUUUUCGAGCGACGAAUAUAUUGAAAUGUCAAAAUUCUAUUUACUGAGCCGAAAUGGGUGUAAAGUUCUUUAGUCGUUUGUAUCCUUGCAACUCGCGAAUCGAUCGAUAAUUGGAGGAUACACACAUACACGGGACACGAACACACACACAUACACAGUACAACGAAGAAGAAACAAUUUACAACAACCUUAUUUCUCUGUAUAAUUUUUGGGUCGACUAUUUAUAUUGCUCAAGCAUCGUUUUAUUCUUUGCUCAUUACCGAGCGUCCGACAUACGCGCAGUAUCGAUUAUGAUGCCGUUACGUAAGCAUUAAUAUUGUGAUAUACUGCUCUCUGUACCGCGUGCAACUUAUAAUUUAGCGACUACGAAUGUGAACCGCUCGCGAACGUUUCACGGACAAUUUUUCUCAGCCGACUGAGUCCAUUACGUAGAACAACUCAACGCCAUUUACAUGGAAACAUUCAGUAUGCAACGAUCGCUGAAUAUUCAUGAACGUCGCAGCCUUUGAAGUUAUAUAUUUCCUUGUAAACACAUUUAAGCGCACGUUUAACGUGGACGUUUUUAUUGAAUUUCUUAAUAACUCAUCCUUCUUAUUAGUCACCACUGAAAUCUACGCUCGUAUCGUACAGAGUAGGGCGUAAUUUAUGGUACGACCAAAACAGAGACUGUUCCCCGUGCAAAACAAAGUGGAAAGUGCAGAAUAGAGUUAGAUGUUUUCCUUAAACGUAGCUUUUCACAGGAAAUCGCCUCGCUUUGGAUCGUACCACGAUUUAUGGCCUUUUUUCUGUAUGGAAUCAAUCUAUGGUUCGAAUACGAUUGUGGUUGUUCAAGACCACCGAAGUACUACCCUCGUAACUUUUUUCUUUUACGCAAAAGUACAUGUUGGUAUGCAGGAAAGCAAGAUCAGUCCUGGUUUAGGCAAAAUGUAGUAACACAGAUAAGGAAAACGUGGAUAAUGUCCAGUAAUUUGUUCUUAGUAAUAAUAGCAAAAAAAAAGAAAAUACAAUGGAAACGAGAUCCAACAAUAAUAGAGAAAAAGUGAUCACAAUUCAGAAAUAUACUGUUAUUAAAUGCAAUUGAGUACAGUUGUAGGUCUGAUAAAUCCUGAGUAAAUAGACUGAUCUUUCUUUUCCCUAUUUGUGUAGCCAUUAGCUGGAAAGAUGAUUGCUAAGUUAAGAACAAGGGGAAUUUAGUACUACGUAUAGUAGAGGAAAUGUGGAGUGUGUCGAGUAAUUUUUACUUAGUUGCAGGCCUUACAAAACCUGAUUAAAUAGUUUAACCUAAUAUACCUCGCAACUCCUUUCAAGAUUGAUCUUUCUUCCUUCCAUCUGUAUAAAUGGGAGGUGGAAAGAUGAUUCUUGAUUCAAGAGGAAUGUAGCAGCAUGAGCAAGAGGAAUGUGGUGAACAUUUUUGCCCUGCCUUGGAUCUUACAAAUUCUAAUUAAAUAGUUUUACUUAGUUUGACUCGUAAUUCCACCCAGGAUUGAUUUCUCUUCCUCGCGUUUGUAAAGCUGUAAACUGGAAAGAUGAUUCCAGAGAUUGUUGUCUUUGAGCAGAUUUCAUUGCUUAUUGUUAAUCAAAAACCUUCGAAGGCUGACUGAAAAAGUAUCAACUUCCGAGCUUCACGUAGUACAAACUCUCUGAUACCAAACCAACAUGGCGUAAACACGAGAGUCGAGCUUAAUUGGUGGUAGGAAGUGGCCUUGAACGUCCAGUUUAUUCCAAUCCGACUAUCAUGGAAACCAAAUGGACUCAGUUAAAUUUAUCACUGUCCGUUCGUUUCGCGUAAAUUUUAGAAUCUCCGCGGCAAUUUCACGAUCGAAUCAAAACUCUAUCUUCAUUAUCUCACGCGGGGUUAGAUGGUAUCACGAUAAUCGAGGUGAGAAUGUGCAACAGCCGUCCGAGGCUAAAAAGAAUCUUAAUUUAGAAUCGUUUAUCUAUUGCGUUAGCACACAACGAGGUUUUAUUCAAAUCAAACUAUGGAUACGAAUAGCCGAAUCAUCGACCUUGCAGUUGUCUAUUCAUUACAGUUUCUCAACGAUCGAUUAUUCGAGCUCGGCAUGACGCUGAUUUUUCCAAUGAUUUUGUACAGUCGACUAGAAUUAAUGAUACGAAAUACAGCUUUCUAUACUCGUAUUAAGAGAUACUUUAUUCCACGCAAACUUUUAAUGUUCACGAUUCAUCUACGUAAUAAGGCAUUGAAUUUUCUAAUAAUUUGCUGGAGCGACGAGGUUUCAUUUAAAGAUUUUAAUUGAGAACAAUACAGAAUACAAAGUCUCGAUAAGCAGAAUCAAACUUGGAAAGUGAAAAGCUGAACAUCUUAGAAAUUAAUUUGCAAAUCGGAUAAAGCUUUCUUUUAUUUAAACAUGUAUUCGUUUUUAAAAAAAAUACACAUUUUACAGAAGAUAUUUUUUAUCAUAUAAUGUAUUUUUGUUGACUUGUACGAUCCAGACUAUUCAAUGCUUUAUUAUGCGUUUUAUCUACUUCGUAUUCUCGUCAAACUAAUAACGUAUCUCUCAUAGAUUUAUAGGCGCGAUACGUCGACGCAAACUACAGAUCGGAUAAACAACAAUUGCGUUUUCAAAAGACCCGUAGAUAGUGUCGAAGAGACUAUCGUUUGGUAACUAGAACCAGAGAUGGGCAAACUCCUCGUCUAGAUAACAAAUUCGAGCAGAGGAUGUAAGGAUAAACCAUUUUUGAUCCGUUGGCUGUUCGAUAAGAAAUUAUAGAAUGAAAUUUAUAUUCCACGUUGAACGGAUAAAAAGCUUUUAUUCGAUAACCGAUCUCGAACGGAACGAACGUGUUUUUCAUUCGUUGUGUAUUUAAUUCGAACAAAAUUUUGUCCAUCUCUGACUGGAACACACGUUUCGAUCGGCUGUUUGUCUCCAAACUUCGGACACAUACGUAUUAUCGUAAAGGAAUAAACGCCCUACGACUUAUCGAUGCUAAACCACGUUUCCACGUUGCAACGAUCAUCGACAUCGGCGCCGUUCGACCGAAAGCGAAAUUAGUAAUUCCUAGUAGACAACGCGUUAAUUGUCGGGCGAUUAAUCGCAGCGAAGCUAUAUUUUCCUCCUCAUUGAAAAGACCUCAUCCGCGAGAUUUUCGUUUUCGCGGCGAAGAACGGGAACGACGUUUAUUGAAAGCGCGUAUCGCUUGAUCGUCGGUGUCGAGAGUCUCGAGGAAGCCCAAGGAACAUAUCCGAGGAUCACUCGUCGUGCCAAUGCGAAAGUUGCCAUUUGAGAUGUGCCAAUUAAACAAAUAUCGAGUUAGAAACGUAAGAGCGAGCGACUGGAUGCGAGCGUGUCGAUGAAACGCGAUCGAACGAGCACCGAAUGUUGCGUUAGAGUUUUUAGGACGCGCGUAUCGAGCGCUCUUUUCGCCGCGCGGACCACGCGAACGGGAGAAUCGCAACGCGACGAAACGUCUCGACCGAAACGCGUAUCGAGUGCUUGGUCACUCCGUUCUGGUCGAAAGGUAAAGAAAAAGUAAAAGAGCAGAGCGGAAGCAUGAGAAAUUGCGUUGAAGUACAAUACCAGGUGAACCUGAGACAUAUCUAACUUUGUAAUUAAAUCUUAGGCGUAUAUGUAAAUGUAAGAUUAAGAAACCUGAUCGAACGUCUCGCGUUCCGGGAUAUUAUGUACAGAGUAUUUGAAUCUUUCUUGUGAUAUAAUCGUACAUAUUACUAAGAUAUAAACCGAUAACACGGACAAAAAAAAUUACUAUUAUCAUUCCAUGUUUUUUCAUAGAGGUGAGGUAUUUAGCGUGGUUGUGAAGGGCACCGGAUGCCGCUCCGUUUUAAUUAGAAAUACAAUUUUUCGAAGUUCUCGAAGCAGCCAGCGCGUCGUCGGAUUUUACUUUGCGACGAUGAAACAUGAUUUGUCACCCUCGCGGCGCGUGCUUUAAUCGUAGAGGAACAAAAAAAAGAGGAAAAAAAACUAAGAACGAAAGGGCAGAGAACCACCUUCACCGAGUUUCAGACCAACACCGCCGGGAUUAGUUAGGCAACGGAAAAGAUGAAAGAAUGUUAGGCAAAACAAACAAAAAAGAAAAAAAACAAAAAAAAAAUGAGAAAAACCUUGAACCCCUUAUUUUCACUCACGACUACUUAGGCGAACUCGUUAGACUAAGGUCCCGUAAAUUAAUACUUAUUUAUAAUCGUUAGAGCGGCCGUAGAAAGACGUUUUCUACCAGAA